GUCGCAAAACGUCGUGUUUACCGGGGUUAAACUUUGACUGAGUUUGCUUCCACUGACUGGCGACCUUUUUAGAGAGACGACGCAGACUUGAUUAGGCUAUUCAGCUCGUCCAAUUCCGUCUUACUGUUGUAUGCUUAAGCAGUGCUGACAGAUUUUACAGUCACGAUGAACCCACAACAAGUUCAGGAGGCGUUCGAGCUCGCGCUGCGGCUCACCAAACAGGCCGGUCCGCUGGUGCUGGAAGGAUUCCGUAACGCGUCCAAGGCGGUGGACACCAAGCGGACCCACUUUGACGUGGUCACCGAGUAUGACCGCCAGGUUGAGCAGCUGUUGAUUGGGGGAUUGCUCGGGAGAUAUCCGGACCAUCGGAUUCUGGCCGAGGAGAGUUCGUCGGAAGCUGCCGCGAAGGAACCGCUGGAUGGACGACCUACGUGGAUCAUCGACCCGAUAGAUGGGACGCUGAACUUCGUCCGAGGGAUUCCGUUUGUGGCCAUUAGCGUGGCGUUGGUUGUCGAUGGAGAGCUGACCAUCGGGAUCAUUAGCAAUCCCUGCAUGGACGAGAUCUACACGGCCAUACGAGGUCAGGGAGCCUUCCUGAACGGAGUGGCAAUCCGGACCAAGGGAAUCCAGGACCUCAAAUCCGCCAUGGUCCACAUGGGCAUCGGAAGAAAGAGCCUCGCCCACGGUGCCAACUUUGUCCGCGAAUGUUCCGGACUGCGAAUCUUCGGCUCGGCUGCGCUAACCCUGGCGUACAUUGCCGCCGGCAGCGUGGAUCUGUACUGUGUGGAGUGGCUCAAGCCGUGGGAUAUUGCGGCGGGGGCGUUGCUGGUGCGCGAAGCUGGUGGAGUUGUGCGUGGGUUCAGCGGAGGGGCGUAUGACAUUAUGAAGCCGGACAUUGUGGCGGCGAGUAGUGAGGAAUUGGCCGAACGAGCGCUGGAGGUUAUGGGGGAGAGUUCUGGUUAGAGUGAGGCAAGUUUUUGAGUUGAAUUU